AUGACGAGGAAGGGGAGGAUUUGGUCGAGUAUGCUGAUAUCGACCAACUCGAUCGAGCUGGAACAAAACCUGAACCAGAGCUCGAUCGAGCUGAAGAAACCGAGACUCAGCAAGACAAACCAGAGCUCGAUCGAGCCAGAAGAGACAGACAAAGCAAGCUCCAGCCAACCAGCUAAACCUGUUGCAAAGAAGAAAGACACUCCAGCAGGACCACCACCAUACAAACCCCCUCUACCCUUUCCAGGAAGGUUCAAGAAACAACUGUUGGAAGCACACAAGGCCAAGUUUGAUGAACUAAUGAGACAGCUUGAGCUGAAGUUGCCUUUCAUCGACGCCUUGAUGCUCAUUCCACCUUAUCAGAAAUUCCUGAAGGAUGCUGUUCAGCAAAGAACCAGGGAAGCACAAGGGAUGGUAGUGUUGACUCGUGAGUGCAGUGCAAUCAUUCAGCGGAAGGUCAUCUCCGACAAAAAGGAAGAUCCGGGGAGUUUCACUUUGCCCUGCAUGUUGGGACCCCUAUCUUUCAAAAACAGCCUCUGCGACCUAGGAUCAUCUGUCAGCCUCAUGCCUUUGUCUGUAGCAAAGAGACUGGGAUAUCACAAGUAUCAAGCCUGCGGAAUCUCACUAGUCUUGGCAGAUAGAUCGAUAAGGUUACCAACUGGAAUGCUUGAAGACCUGCCUUUGAGAUAG